AUGAGCGAACUCAGAACUGCUGGUCAACUCCAGAGGGCGCCAGUUGUCCGGCCAGGGCCUGCCCAGCCAGGGAGACGGUGUCUGGAGGAGCUGGACCUGAGUGUGAACCCCCUGGGGGAUGGUGUGUCCCAAGCCCUGGCCUGUCUGCUGUCAGCCUGUCCCCUGCUGGCUCGGCUGGCCCUGCAAGCCUGCAACCUCACUGCACGCUUCCUCCAGCAACACCGCCUCUUACUGGCUCAGGCUCUUGCAGGCAUGGGACACCUAAAGUCAGUGUGUCUAUCCCACAAUUCAUUGGGCUCCACGGGGUUUGAGCUAGUGCUGAAGACGCUGCCUCUGCACUGCCUCACACACCUCCACCUGUCUGCUGUAUGCAGUGGAGCUGUGGACCCCCCUGCUCUGGAACACCUCACUACAAUCAUGUCUCAGGAAGACUGUUCACUGAUCCACCUGAGCCUCGCAGGAAACGGACUGACAGACAGCAGUGUUGCUAUUGUUGCCAGGUGUCUUCCUGUCUGCCCCUCCCUGGUGUCACUGGACCUAUCAGGGAACCCGGCAGUGACCUCAGCGGGGCUCCACAACAUCCUUUCUGGCCUUCAAGAUGGCCGCCCACCUUUAACCCUCCUCAACCUCCAAGGCUGCCAGGUAGCUGGGCCCUGGGAUGCUGCUGAUCUGGACGCCCUGUCCUUAUUGGUCCAGGAUCUGCGUCUGUGUUCUCAGAGACUCAACAAACUGGACCUUGAGGCCUUACAACAGACCUGGGGUCAGCGGCACCCCAGAGGAUACUUCCUCUCCGUGAGCUCCAGGUGUCUGCUCUCUGCCGCCCCCUGACUGUGAGGAGGACCUUUCUAAAGC